AUGAAUCCGCCUUCACCCAAUCAAUUUACGAACCACAAUGAGCUUCUUGAAUAUAUUCAUGCUUUUUCUGAAACUCAAGAAUACGCAGUAACUACAAAGAGGUCACGAUCGGAUAUCAAUGGUGAAAUAAAAAAUAUUACAUUAGGAUGUGACAGAAGUGGUGUUUAUAGGAACAGGUUAAAUCUAACAGAUGGUUCGCGUCAUAGAAAAACAGCAUCAAGACUUUUAAAUUGUCCUUUUGAGCUUUUUGGAACCAAACAUAAUAAUGUUUGGCAUCUUGAAAUCAGAAAUUUUGAGCAUAAUCAUGAAGCAUUUACAGAUAUGUUAGGUCACCCAGUUGCUAGAAGAUUAAAUGUUGAGCAAAAAGAACUAGUCUGGAGAAUGGCUGCUGCUGGUUCUUGUCCAUGCCAAAUUUUAUCAACAAUAUGUCAGAGUGAUUCAUCUUCUAAGGCUAUAUCUAGAACAGUCUACAACGCCUUAUAUUCUAUUCGUCAAGAAAGGCUUGAUGGUCAUACACCAGUCCAAGCCCUUCUUGAUGAAUUACAAGAAUCAGAUUUCGAAUUUGAAUAUCAAUGUGAUGACCAAAACCAUAUAACACAUCUCUUCUUUGCCCACAGAAUAUCUAUUGCCUUAACUCAUACCUAUCCCACUGCACUGCUAAUAGAUUGCACGUACAAGACUAAUAGAUAUAAAAUGCCUCUGAUGAAUGUUGUCAGCAUGUCAAGUUUUAACAUGACUUUUUAUUCCUGCUUUGCUUUUUUAAGCGAUGAAACGGAAUUGGAUUAUGAGUGGGUGUUGAUCUGUAUAUUAAAAAUUUUCAACAACAUGUCACAUCCUAAUGUUAUUGUUACCGAUCAGGAGUUUGCAUUGAUGAAAGCUAUAAAAAAAGUAUUUCCUAAUACUCAACAUAUCCUAUGUAUAUGGCAUAUAAAUAAAAACAUAUUAGCUAAAUGUAAGCGUUAUUUCACUACUGAUGAGAAUUGGACAGAAUUUAUCAGAAUGUGGCAAGUUGUAAUAGGAUCUGUCACUGAGCAAGACUUUGAAAUUCAAUGGAAUGAAUUUUUAAAAAGUUACUCAAACAAACCUGAGGUCUUAAAAUAUCUUCAAGAAACUUGGUUGCCAUAUAAGAAACAUUUCAUUUCUGCCUAUACUAAUCGUCACUUACAUCUUAGUGAUCUUGAGUUGGUGUUUCACAAAAUCAUAUUACAAGUAGAAUCUCAAGAAAGAGAAAUCCGUGCAACAAUUUCUUAUCAGCGUAUGAAAGUGCAACAUAUGCAUCAGAUUCCUUUGUUUGAACCUAUCCUAUACCGUGUCUCCUUCUUUGUCCUGAACAAGAUACAUGAAGAGUUAAUUAAAGUUUUAAAUGCAAUACUGGAUUCUUCUUUAAAACCUUGUACAGGAAUUCAAGGUCAUCGUAUUGAAUUUCUGGAACCCACCUACCUUGUGAAUAAUAAUCAGAGUGAUCUCCAACCUCUCUUGCAGUCUCUUAUACAGGUCUACCAGUUUUGGCCACUACAUCAACAAGUUGCCAUCUAUUCCCAGUUAGAAGAGUUAGUGAAUACUCCUCCUAUUGUGCUGGAAGAUCCAGUAAUUAGUAGACCACGUGGAAGACCAGUUGGUGCAAAGAAUAAAAAUAAAAGGUCAACACAUAGGGAUCUAUCCGAAUUUGAGCAUACUGAGAAACAUUCAAGACAAUGUG